AUGACGUGCGGUCGCCAUCGUCAGAUCUGGGAGGGCGGGCAGCAGGGAUCGACUCGGAGGGGCAUGAUCCGUGGAAGGGGUGUGAUCUAUGUGACCAGCUUUCUCCAUCGUCGGAUCUGGAAGCCCAACUAUACCUGGCCCAGGACGGUAGAACCCCCUCGCCCCGACUCGCAGUCUUGCAGACCUAGCCACGCACCAGUGCUCUCGUUCGAUUGCGUGGGGCGAGGCAGCCGCCAACGCCCGCCGGUGACUCCCCUCCCGCCCUCCGCUCCGGCCAGGACUGGCUCCGGCGACUCCCCUCCCGCGGUCCCGCCCUCCCUCCGUCUCUCGCCUGCUCCGCCGCUCGCCUGCUGCUGGCUGCCGCUCCGCGCCUCCGUCGCUCGCCCUGCCUGGUCCCCUGCUGGCCUGCUGCUCUGGUGCGUGCCGGCUAGCUCUCCUGCCUCUGCUCCGGUCUGGCCUCUCCUUGCUCCUGCUCUGCUCCGGCCCACGCCCAGCAGGACUGACAGGACUGACCGACUGAGGACUAACGCCCAGGAUUGGUAUUUGGUGUUGGCUCUUCUUCCACUGUUGAUCAAGUUAUGGAAGACACUAAUGAAGCAAGCAAUUGAUUUGGUACUCUUUUACUGCACGCACUAUUCAUAGUUUUUGUCAUCUUUUUUUAUCUAUUUUGUUGUAUCUUUAAGCAUUGAGAUUAAAUUCUAAAUUUUUGUGCAAUUGAGCCAUAUUUGAGGUAGCUAUAGAUUGAUGGAGGUUAAGUUUU